UCAACAAAAAAUAUUUUUUAAAAACCAAUUUCCUUACGGGGAUAUAAGAAAGAACAUUAUUAUAAUUAUUUUCAACAAAAUGUCUUUUAAUUACACAUACAAUUAUCCUCAAGUGGCAAGAGAUUCUGGAUUUAAGUUGCGCAAUUACAAAGAUGGUCCUUUAGAUUGGCGUUUAAUAGGCUCAUUAGAAGUGGAGCGCAUUUUAAAGGACCAGAGCUUAGAACAAAUUGAUGCUGUGUUAAGUCAUUUAUCGGAAGCACCUUUGGGAUCGAUCUUAGAUUCAAAUAUUUUAGAUAGCGGCAUCGUUAAAUAUUUUAUACUUUCACAAUUUUCCGUGCAAUACUUGUUGUUUUGUCGUAAGUUUUUGGAAGAAACGGUAGCAGAUUUGAGAGAGUCGCAUGGCACAUCUCAAAUGGAACUUGUUUCUGUUAAACGAUCCCUAGCCGAGGCUAACAAUGAAGUACUACAAUUACAUAAGAAAAUAACACAGAUAGAAGCUAUACAUGAAGUUAUAUAUCCUUGUCAUUUGUGUACUAAGAAUUUUGUUAGCAAUGAUGCCCUAAAUUUACAUAUUUCUCGCAAACACAGCGGAAUUUUCACCAAAACAGAGAGAAAAUCAGAGGCGCCACAAUCUUUGUUAAAAGACCGAGAAAAUGAUUUAACUUUAAUAAAUACCAUAAAACUCGAACUGGAAAUAAAACAUCUGAAAGAAAGACUAAGCAAUGCAGAAAGAGAAAUCAAAGAAAAAAACACAGAACCAAGGCUUACAAAUGGAUCACCACUUCCUACUGAAACAUUGGAGAAAUCUGAACAAAUUUCAGUCCAUAGUAUAGGUAUACAAAGCAACUUAUCAGAAAUAAAAGAGAAAGAUGAUAAUAGCGAUGACGACAUGAGUUCUUCCUCACAAAGUCGACAACAGAUGUGCAUGCUACAAGAAAAAUUGCAAGAAUUUGAAAAGUGGAAAGAAGAACAAAAAAUUCAAAACUCAAAAUUUUUAACUGAAGUGAAUAAUAAACUGCAGGAACUUGGAUCAGCCUUAGAAUUGACAAAAAAUCAAAUGGAGCAUGAACUGGAUAGUGACAAACAAAACCCUCCAUCAUCUGUUAAGGAUUUAGAAAUAUUACUUAGUAAAAAACUUGAAGAUAUAAGUAAAGCAAGUACAGCUAAGCUGGAGGCAGUCGUUAAUAAAUUGGAAAUGUCCUAUAAAGAUAAAUUGGAUCAACUAGAGAGAGAAUUGAUAAAAAUACAUGAACAGUCUAUUGUGCAAAAGCACUUUAAAUCCAAUGACAAUCAAAUAAAGCGCGAUAAAGAUGAUACAUCGAACAAAUCCAAGGAGGAUACUUUUCAAAUAGUUGAAUUAAACGAUGAAACACCAAACAAAAAGGAAGUCUUUGAAAUUGGCCUGAAAGAAGAAGUGGAGAAACUACACAUAUUCACACAAGAAAAAAAUGCUGUUAAUGAAACAUCAAUUUCUGAAAGUAAUCACACUUUCGUAAAACACAGCAAAUAUACAGAAAAAAAAGUUGAUAAUCACAACAAAUCUAUGUCAAGUGGUAUAUCCGAUGAUGAAAGUACAGAUAUUUCAGACAGUCUCUCAGAUGAAGAACAUAAAGAAAUAAAAAACAAUUCGAAUAAAAUUAAUACAAAAAAGACACUAGUCACGUCGAAAAAGGUCGCGAAUACCAGGCAACAGCCACCUAAAGUUGUAACAAAAAAGGAAGCAACAAAACUUACAAAUCAACGUCUCUUGACAUUAGGUGUGAAUAUGAGAACAAAAUCAUUACCAUCAACUUUAAAAAAACGAAUUUCAACGGAGCUAAACGAAAAUCGAAACAAGUUGAAACAGGAACAUCCACACUUUUAUGCAACCAGAAACAAAAUUAAAAAAUUUGUGGACAAAUUGUGUUCAACAAAAAUGCCGGAAAAUGCAGAAGCUCUUCUAAAGGCAACCAAACCCGUAAGAACCAAAAUUCAAGAACAACAAUAUUCCAAUGAUCAAAAUUCUGUAUCAGAUGAAAAUGAUGAAGCAUUAGAAGCAUCAACGCCUUUAAACGUAAAUACCUCAACUACAGACAAUAACAAUUUUAAACAGAGAUUGGAACGCAUAUUAUCCUCUCCUAUAAGGAAACCGGAUGAACAUAUAAUUAAAGCAAUAGUACACCCACAGAAUUUAACACAAAAACCAGUACCCAUGCCACGUAAACGUGUUAUGUUCCAUCACCCUGAUCAAGGGGAAAGACGCUUAACACACUCUUUAAGUAUAAGCGAGAUUAAUGAACCACAAAUAUUUAAACAUUAAAUAAAGCUUCUAGUUUAAGAAGUGAGCCUCUCUUUAUAAUUAUUAAUUGAAUAUGUUAUGGUAAAAUGUUUUUAUUGAACAUUUACUUUUGAUCUCGACUUUAUAAAUAAUAUUUUAAUAAAAUUUAUGAAUGUAUAUCAAUUAUUCAAUUUAUAUGUAUAUAUGUACGUACAGAAUUUAAAUAAAUUUAAAUAUAAAAAAUAAUGUAUAAU